AGAGGCCCCAUUCGGCAUCCGCCCCUCCCACCCCCUCCAGAGGUCAGAAGCUUUUGCCUGUUGUACUGUGGACUGUACGGUGAGCGCGGAGGCCUCAGGUUGGCCGUGGUUGCUCCGCUUGCCCGUCCGCUGCUCAAAUGGCCCUGAGAGGCGUUUCCGGGCGGCUGCUGAGCCGUGGACCAGGCCUGAGCCUCCUGCGCGAGUGGGGCUCGGCGGCGACGCAAACUGAAAAGGGCGGGAAGACACAGAACCGAGCGGCCAAGUCCUCACGUCCUGAAUUUGACUGGAGGGACCCGCUGCUGCUGGAGGAGCAGCUGACCGCGGAUGAGAUCCUCAUCAGGGACACCUUCCGCACCUACUGCCAGGAGCGCCUCAUGCCCCGAAUCCUGCUGGCCAAUCGCAACGAAGUUUUUCACCGGGAGAUCAUCUCAGAGAUGGGGGAGCUUGGUGUGCUGGGCCCCACCAUCAAAGGGUAUGGCUGUGCUGGAGUCUCUUCUGUGGCCUAUGGGCUCCUAGCCCGAGAGCUGGAGCGGGUGGAUAGCGGCUAUAGGUCAGCAAUGAGCGUCCAGUCUUCCCUCGUCAUGCACCCCAUCUACGCCUAUGGCAGCAAGGCCCAGCAGCAGAAGUACCUGCCCCGGCUGGCCAAGGGGGAGCUCCUGGGCUGCUUCGGGCUCACAGAGCCCAACCAUGGGAGUGACCCUGGCAGCAUGGAGACCAGAGCCCGUCACAACCCAUCUAACAAGAGCUACACCCUCAACGGGACCAAGACCUGGAUCACCAAUUCACCUGUGGCCGACCUGUUUGUAGUGUGGGCUCGAUGUGAAGAUGGCCGCAUUCGGGGCUUCCUGCUGGAGAAGGGGAUGCGGGGCCUCUCAGCCCCCAAGAUUGAGGGCAAGUUCUCCCUGCGGGCGUCGUCCACAGGCAUGAUCGUCAUGGACGGUGUGGAGGUGCCGGAGGAGAAUGUGCUGCCUGACGUAUCUGGUCUGUCGGGGCCCUUUGGCUGCCUAAACAAUGCCCGGUUUGGCAUCACCUGGGGCGUGCUCGGAGCUGCCGAAUUCUGUUUGCACACAGCCCGGCAGUACACCCUGGAUAGGAUCCAGUUUGGAGCCCCACUGGCCAGGAACCAGCUGAUUCAGAAGAAGCUGGCAGACAUGCUCACUGAGAUCACGCUGGGCCUUCACGCCUGCCUGCAGCUUGGCCGCUUAAAGGACCAAGACAAGGCCACUCCGGAAAUGGUCUCCCUGCUGAAGAGGAAUAACUGUGGGAAGGCCCUGGAUAUCGCCCGCCAGGCCCGAGACAUGCUAGGGGGGAAUGGGAUUUCUGAUGAGUAUCACGUGAUCCGGCAUGUCAUGAACCUGGAGUCUGUGAACACCUAUGAAGGCACUCACGACAUUCAUGCUCUGAUCCUUGGAAGGGCAAUCACGGGGAUCCAAGCGUUCACGGCCAGCAAGUGAGCACACUUCACCCGGGAGCCCAGAUGGCCUCCGGCUCCUUCCCAGGGAAAUGCUACGCUCUGAGCUUACUCAGGGAGAUGGCAGAUGGAGCCAAUUUUUAUAGUGGGAAGUGAGAGACACUGAUUCUUAAUUAUCAAAAUUUUCCCUUUGGAGUCAUUCAAAUGUGUUCCUUAAAAAGAAGAUGGGACUCUCUGUACCAAGUUUCUCAACCCACUUUUAACCGUGGAUGGGAAUGGAUUCCACUUAUCUUGGAACAGAAGCUUCUCUUGACAAGGGAGCAGGGAGAGGGAAGGAGAGUAACAUAGAAGCAUUCUCUGUGACACUGAUCUGGUGUCUGAGCAAAUCUCGCCUCCCCGCGCCCCCCCUCCCCCCCCCACCACAGCAAGAGUUCACUGUGUGCCCUCUGAUCCUCCCAUCCUGGGGGUAAGUGCCUUAUGCUGGAGGUUGGAGCAGAAUGAAAGCGAAAGAGAGAAUAAUAAAGAGUUUGCAUGUCUGACCCCA